AUGGCAAUAAAAGUUUGGAAUUCUGUGCCUUUCCCUGCUUUUUCCCGCAAUCGCUUGACGUGUUUUUGCCUGUUGCCAGCCAGCUUUGUCAAUAGACACAUAUAUGUAUGUAUACCGAACAGCUUUUCGCCCCUCCCUACCGGAUGCUUCUUUGUUGUCACCGAGAUAUCGAACACCUAUCAAAAUAGACGGCACAUGAUCUGCGGUGCAAUCGUCACCAUUUUGGUGACGUGGCACGUGUGUCUGACGUCAGAGACCGAGGAUUUUAUACCUAUAAAUAUGACAGAAGGAAGUGGAAGUGGACAGGAGGAUACGACAAUUUGGUCGAAUGAUCUACCGCCGCUCUCAUCGGAUAUCGAUUUUUUGAAAUCCACGACACAAAAGACGGUGACGAAACGGGCGACGAGCACUUUUUACAAUGGAAUUCUGGACCGCCCGUUUUACUCGGCGUUCUCCUACUCGAAGCCCAUCAUUCCACCAACUGCCAUUAUUCCGUUGAAUCGUCCGUUGCAACGUGGCAAUAAUAUUCCACAGCUACAGUACAUUGCGUUGUGGGCACCACGUGGCCAACCUCCACACUGGGGGUCCAUACACCAAAAUGCGAUGGGAAAAUUGGAUGGAAGUUUCAUAAAAGACCGUCGAAUCUAUAAUUUAUCGUCUCCGGAUAUGCAAAAUACGCCUGUGCGGCUCGUACAAUACGUCGGCAAUGAACAGGAAAAUAAUUUCAAAUUUGCAUGGACGAAGGCGAUCGACGUUGAUAUGGCUACUGUAGUUUCUGAGAAGGAUUAUACGAAACAGUGCAGUCCGAAAAUGGCGCCGGCGGUUUUACAGGAUCACGGAUACGAAUUUCUCGGCGAGGCGGAUAUCGAUAAUCGAAUCAUGUACUAUGUGGAUCACAAUUAUGUAAAUACUGUAUCAGGGAGCCUCUUCACAAACAACGUCUAUCUUUUGACAAAACAACAGUGCCAAUGCUCGUGUCCAGCUACUAGUUACUAGAUUUCUCCGAUCUUUUUUCUAAUUUAGCGCUUUUCCAAAAUUAGAUUCUCCUUUGACAAUUCUGUGAUUCAAAAAUUGUUUCACUUUCUAUUUGUGCAUAUUUCUCCAUUCAUUUUUUUUUUGACGAAACUAACCUUGAAAACGACGGGUUUUUCUACACUGAAUAUGUGAUUGAUUUGAUGAAUUUUGUGAUUUUAUUGAACUUUUCUCUCUGUGAAUAAUAAUAUCUUUAUGUGUGUGUCUGUGAAUAAAUAUGUCUAUUUUUU